UCAUCUUAUUGGUUUGUGUCAUCUUCUUUGACGUCUUCUUCUGUCUUCUCUUCUUAUAUAAGCUGACAGUUGAACACCGUUGUCAGAUCAUCACACUGUCUGUUCUAUAUUCCUUUUGCAUUUGCACACAAACAGACAUGGCUCGUCUAGAUGUCACGGAAACUUUUCACAGCAUCAUGUUUCCUGGGCACAUGCAUACUAAAGACUCAUUGAAUUAUGCGAUCAACUUCCAAUUUCAGGACACAGAUACUGUAAUUGUCACCUACCCAAAAUCAGGAACCACGUGGAUGCAGGAAAUCAUCACUCUAGUUUUAGGUAAAGGGGACCCAACAAUUGCCCAAACUCAGCCCAACUGGGCCCGUGCACCAUGGCUUGAGCAGUACUACUGUGUUGAUGUUCUAAAAGCCUCUACCGGGCCUCGUAUUAUUACAACACAUCUGCCUUACCACCUGCUGGCAGAGGCUCUACAAGACUCCAAAGCAAAGGUUAUAUAUGUAGCCAGAAAUCUCAAAGAUGUGUUAGUUUCAUACUAUCACUUCCACAAGAUGGCCAAUUUUCUUCCUGACCCAGGCACUUUCUCUGAUUUUCUGAAUGAUUUCCUGAAGGGUGCAGUGCAUUAUGGCUCUUGGUUUGACCAUGUCAAAGGCUGGACAAGUCACACAAAAGAUAUCCACAACUUUCUUUACAUCACGUAUGAGGAAAUGUGUCAGGAUCUUCACGUGUCUGUUCAGAAAGUGAGUCGUUUCCUGCAGUGUAAUUUAACUGAGGAUGAGCUGAUGCUUGCUCAGAAGCACUGUAGCUUCAAUAGCAUGAAGGAAAAUACCAUGGUGAACUACACUCUCAUCCCUCAGGAGAUCAUGGACCACAGCAAGGGCAAGUUCAUGAGGAAAGGUAAAGUCGGAGACUGGAAGAACACAUUCACUGAGGAGCAGAGUCGUCUUGUUGAUGAUGUGUACUCUUCACAGAUGACAGAUUCCUCACUGCUGUUUAAAUGGGAAUGCCCUGAGAAAAGUGUAAGGCCCUUGAUGGCCAAUAAUACUUCUGAAUCCCACACACCCAGAGAGAUAGUUCAACUCACAUAACCCCUCAUCCCUGAUAACAUUCUUCAAUUUACAUUUGAGUAUGUUUCUAAUAUUUUACACUGAAAUGCUCAGUAAGUGGGUAAGCUAAGGUAUUUCAUUCUUUUCUGGGUGCUUUUUUUUCUACAUGGUCAAAAACUACAUAUAUAUAUAUAUAUAUAUAUAUAUAUAUAUAUAUAUAUACACAUAUAUACACAUAUAUAUAUAUAUAUAAACCUUAAGGCCGAGACCUUAAAAGAGAAAUGUAGCAUUGUUUACAUUAUAUAUUCCCAUAUUUUCCCAUAAAUCAUUACAUAUUUUUGUGUUUUAUUCAAUGUGACCUAAUUACUACAAGUAUUGUAAAGUAGCAAUGUUUGAAGAUGAACAAAAACGAUAUGUAUAUCAGAAUUUUAAUGUUAAUUGCGUGACAUUCAGGGUGUGUAUUUUACAAGGCAAUGUAAUGAAUGUAAGUGUAAUUUUAUCAAUCUGUUUGCUUAGUAAUAUUUAAUUAUUGUCUUGAAGUAUGAUGAUUUAUAUAAACCUACUUUACAACCUUUGUUUUUUUGUGCUAAUUGUGUCAAUUUUGAACCUGUUAUCCAGUGGAACGACACUCCAGCUGUGAUAAUGGACAAUGGGUGAUAAAACUGUGGCAAGCAAAAUGCCAAGGAUGUUUAAAGUAGCUGAUCUUAUUAGAUGUUCGUGUGAGUGUGAGGCUAAUCUAAAAAGCCAGAUAUUUCAAAAGUUAUUUGCUUUAAUGAAGAGAGUAAAGGGUUUAGAGGUGGGGUACUGCACCUGUGCUGCACUUCAAGUGAUUGAUGGCACUUGAAAUGCAUUUGGAAGAAAAUGCUCAUGUUAAAUACAUCAUGUUAUGCUCUGUACAAAGAACUGGCACCCUGUGGUGCAGAGUUUGUUAAAAUUCCCAUGAAAUCAAAAUAG